GGGCGGGGAACGCGUCACGCCGUUGGGGUGGCGGAGCAGCUGCCGCCGCCGCUGCCGCGCUAGGUUGGGGCCUGCGGCGCGGACCGGUGGCGGAAGGCUCUGUCGGGGCCGCCAUCUUGCCCAGGGCCCCGCCAGACGGAGGUGCACCGCCGCUGCCACUGCCGCGUCUCGCCUCGCUCCCUCCCUCUCUCCCUCCCCCGCCCUCCCCUCCCCCCGCACGCACGGAGCCGUCAGCGCAGAGAGCUCUAGCCGCCCGGGCCGGCCCCUCCGCUGCCACCUUCCUUCCUGCCUGACCGCCUGCCCCCGCGCGUACCGGCCGCCGCUGCCCAGCCGAGCCCCGGCGAGAGGCGAGGGGUGCGUCUGCACCCCCUCCCCCGCGUGCGCCCGGUCCCCGGACGGGGCGGAGCGGAGCGCGCAGGCCCCGACCAAGCCCUAGCCGGAGCUGAAGCCCAGGGCCGCCGGGCAGGAGCUGGUGACGCAGGAAAAACGCCCCGGCGGUGCCGCCGGCGUCGGAGAGAGCGGAGCGGCCAAGGCCGGGAUCUGAAGCGCGGGCAGCGGCGGUAGCUUCGCCCUCUCUCUUCCCGUCGCGGUACACGGUGCCCGCCCGAGGGGGAACCGGGGAAGCGGAGCCGCCCCCUCAGUCAGCCGGCUGCACGCCCGGGAUCGCGGGGCCUGGCAUGAGACUCUGCCCUGCUGGCUGCCUGGGAUGAGGCAGUCGCCGGCCGCGCUCCUUCGGCAGCACCCAAGAGGGCACCGGGCCGUCGCAGCAGCAGCCGCGGGACAAGGGGAAGCCGUGCGGGGGUUAUGCAAUGGUCUCUGCAAGAUGGCAUGUUCUUGAGUUGGAGCUUUUUAAGGCAAACAUAUGCUGGUACUUCAACUUUACUAAGUGGACUAUAAUUUCUUCUCUCACAUCAACUACAUAAGCAGACAAAAUUGCAAAGAUCUGCCCUGUGUCGAGUAUGACAGCCACGACUCGUGGCUCUCCCGUAGGAGGGAAUGAUAGCCAGGGCCAGGCUCCUGAUGGGCAGUCCCAGCCUCCCCUCCAACAGAAUCAGACUUCUUCGCCUGAUUCUUCCAAUGAGAACUCCCCAGCAACCCCGCCUGAGGAGCAGGGCCAAGGAGAUGCUCCACCCCAGCUCGAAGAUGAGGAGCCUGCAUUUCCACACACAGACCUGGCAAAGUUGGAUGACAUGAUCAACAGGCCUCGAUGGGUUGUUCCUGUAUUGCCGAAAGGGGAAUUAGAAGUUCUUCUAGAAGCUGCUAUCGACCUAAGUAAAAAAGGCCUUGAUGUCAAAAGUGAAGCAUGCCAGCGAUUUUUUCGAGAUGGGUUAACAACAUCUUUUACAAAAAUCCUUACAGAUGAGGCAGUGAGCGGAUGGAAGUUCGAAAUUCAUAGAUGUAUUAUUAACAACACUCAUCGACUAGUGGAACUCUGUGUGGCCAAGCUGUCCCAAGAUUGGUUUCCCCUUCUUGAACUUCUUGCCAUGGCCUUAAAUCCUCACUGCAAAUUCCACCUAUACAAUGGUACUCGUCCCUCAGAAACAGUUCCUGCAGGAGUCCAGCUUGCUGAAGAUGAACUUUAUGCCCGUCCUCCUGACCCACGAUCACCAAAGGGUUGGCUAGUAGACCUUAUCAACAAAUUUGGCACAUUAAAUGGAUUUCAGAUCUUGCAUGAUCGCUUCAUGAGUGGAUCAGCAUUGAAUGUCCAGAUAAUUGCAGCUCUCAUCAAGCCAUUUGGACAAUGUUACGAAUUUUUGACAUUACAUACAGUGAAGAAAUAUUUCCUUCCGAUUAUAGAAAUGGUUCCACAAUUUUUAGAAAAUUUAACAGAUGAUGAGCUGAAAAAAGAAGCAAAGAAUGAAGCCAAAAAUGAUGCUCUGUCAAUGAUAAUCAAAUCUCUAAAGAACUUAGCUUCAAGAGUUCCAGGACAAGAAGAAACUGUAAAAAACUUAGAAAUAUUUAGGUUAAAAAUGAUACUUAGGUUAUUACAAAUUUCUUCUUUUAAUGGUAAAAUGAAUGCAUUAAAUGAAGUUAACAAAGUAAUAUCCAGUGUGUCAUAUUAUACUCAUCGGCAUGGUAAUCCUGAAGAAGAGGAAUGGCUUACAGCUGAAAGAAUGGCAGAAUGGAUCCAGCAGAAUAAUAUCUUAUCAAUUGUGUUGAGAGACAGUCUUCAUCAGCCUCAAUAUGUAGAGAAAUUAGAGAAAAUUCUGCGUUUUGUCAUCAAAGAGAAAGCCCUCACUUUGCAGGAUCUUGACAACAUUUGGGCUGCACAGGCAGGGAAACAUGAAGCCAUUGUAAAAAAUGUACAUGAUCUCCUUGCAAAAUUAGCUUGGGAUUUCUCUCCUGAACAGCUUGAUCACCUGUUUGAUUGUUUCAAGGCAAGUUGGACAAAUGCAAGCAAGAAACAGCGUGAGAAGCUACUUGAGCUAAUUCGUCGUCUUGCAGAGGAUGACAAGGACGGUGUUAUGGCUCACAAAGUGCUGAACCUUCUGUGGAAUUUGGCUCAUAGUGAUGAUGUACCAGUUGAUAUCAUGGACCAGGCUCUUAGUGCCCAUAUUAAAAUCUUAGAUUACAGCUGUUCACAGGAUCGAGAUACACAAAAGAUCCAGUGGAUAGAUCGUUUUAUAGAAGAGCUUCGCACAAAUGACAAGUGGGUCAUUCCUGCACUGAAACAAAUUAGAGAAAUUUGCAGCUUGUUUGGUGAAGCACCACAAAACUUGAGCCAAACUCAGCGAAGUCCCCAUGUGUUUUACCGACAUGACUUAAUCAAUCAACUUCAGCACAAUCAUGCCCUCGUUACAUUGGUUGCAGAAAAUCUCUCUGCCUAUAUGGAAAGCAUGAGGCAAUAUGCUAAAGAGCAUGGUGAAUAUGAUCCUCAGACUGUAAGACCAGGAAGCAGAUACAGUCAUGUGCAGGAAGUACAGGAGCGACUUAACUUCUUACGAUUUUUAUUGAAGGAUGGUCAGCUGUGGCUCUGUGCCCCUCAGGCGAAGCAAAUAUGGAAGUGUUUAGCUGAAAAUGCGGUUUAUCUUUGUGAUCGUGAAGCCUGUUUUAAAUGGUAUUCCAAACUAAUGGGGGAUGAACCAGACUUAGACCCUGACAUUAAUAAGGACUUCUUUGAAAAUAAUGUGCUUCAGCUGGAUCCUUCCCUAUUAACAGAAAAUGGAAUGAAAUGUUUUGAACGUUUCUUCAAAGCUGUGAACUGUCGAGAAGGAAAGCUAGUAGCAAAAAGACGAGCCUAUAUGAUGGAUGAUCUGGAAUUAAUAGGAUUAGACUACCUUUGGAGGGUUGUGAUUCAGGGAAAUGAUGACAUCGCAAACAGAGCAAUAGAUCUUCUUAAAGAGAUCUAUACUAAUCUUGGCCCAAGAUUGCAAGUUAAUCAGGUAGUGAUUCAUGAAGACUUCAUUCAGUCCUGUUUUGAUCGUCUAAAAGCCUCCUAUGAUACAUUAUGUGUGUUGGAUGGAGAUAAAGACAGUAUCAAUUGUGCAAGACAAGAAGCAAUACGAAUGGUGAGAGUGUUGACUGUUUUAAGAGAGUAUAUAAAUGAAUGUGACAGUGAUUACCACGAAGAGAGAACUAUUCUACCUAUGUCAAGAGCUUUCCGUGGUAAACAUAUCACACUGGUAGUUCGUUUUCCAAACCAAGGCCGUCAGGUGGAAGAUCUGGAUAUUUGGUCUCACACAAACGACACAAUUGGCCAAGUGCGACGUUGUAUUCUCAAUCGUAUUAAAGCCAAUAGUGCACACACCAAAGUGGAACUGUUCAUUGGUGGUGAGCUGGUGGACCCUGCAGAUGAUAGAAAAUUAAUUGGGCAGUUGAAUCUCAAAGAUAAAACGCUAAUUACAGCUAAGCUUACACAGAUAAAUUCUAAUAUGCCCUCAAGUCCAGAUAGUUCUUCUGACUCCUCAACUGGUUCUCCGGGCAACCAUGGCAAUCACUACAGUGAUGGUCCAAACCCUGAAGUUGAAAGCUGUUUGCCUGGAGUGAUCAUGUCUCUGCAUCCUCGGUACAUCUCUUUUCUUUGGCAAGUAGCAGACUUGGGCAGUAGCCUAAAUAUGCCACCUCUUAGAGAUGGAGCACGUGUUCUUAUGAAGCUCAUGCCACCAGAUAAUACUACAGUUGAGAAACUAAGAGCUAUUUGUUUAGAUCAUGCAAAGCUUGGGGAAAGCAGCCUUAGUCCAUCCCUUGAUUCUCUAUUCUUCGGUCCUUCUGCCUCACAAGUGCUGUAUCUAACAGAGGUAGUUUAUGCCUUGCUAAUGCCUGCCAGUGCACCUCUGGGAGAAGAUGCCAGUGACUUCCAAUACAACUUCUUAAAAAGUGGUGGUUUACCUCUUGUAUUGAGCAUGCUGACUAGAAAUAACUUCCUGCCAAAUGCAGAUAUGGAAACUCGAAGGGGUGCCUACCUUAACGCUCUAAAAAUAGCCAAAUUAUUGCUAACAGCAAUUGGAUAUGGCCAUGUUCGAGCUGUGGCAGAAGCUUGUCAGCCAGUUGUGGAAGGCACAAGUACAGUUUCACCGAUAAACCAGGCUACACAUGACCAGGCAGUGGUGCUACAAAAUGCCCUGCAAAACAUUCCUAAUCCAACCUCAGAAUGCAUGCUAAGAAAUGUAGCAAUACGUCUUGCACAGCAAAUAUCUGAUGAGGCUUCAAAAUACAUCCCUGAUAUCUGUGUUAUUAGGGCAGUACAAAAAAUUGUUUGGGCAUCAGGUUGUGGGUCAGUUCAACUGGUUUUCAGCUCGAAUGAGGAAAUUAGUAAAAUCUAUGAAAAGACAAAUGCAGGAAAUGAACCAGACAUGGAAGAUGAACAAGUUUGCUGUGAAGCACUGGAGGUGAUGACCUUGUGUUUUGCAUUGAUUCCAACUGCAUUGGAUGCACUCAGUAAAGAAAAGGCCUGGCAGACGUUUAUCAUUGAUUUGCUAUUGCAUUGCCACAGCAAAACUGUUCGUCAAAUGGCACAGGAGCAGUUCUUUUUAAUGGCUACCAGGUGUUGCAUGGGACAGAGACCUCUCCUUUUCUUCAUUACCCUGCUGUUUACUGUUCUAGGGAGUACUGCAAGAGAGAGAGCUAAGCAUUCUGGAGACUACUUCACUCUCUUAAGACAUCUUCUUAACUAUGCUUACAACAGUAGUAUUAAUGUACCCAAUGCUGAAGUUCUUCUCAAUAAUGAAAUUGACUGGCUAAAGAGGAUUAGGGAUGAAGUAAAAAGAACAGGGGAAACAGGUGUUGAAGAAACUAUCUUAGAGGGUCACCUUGGAGUAACAAAAGAGUUAUUAGCAUUCCAGACACCUGAGAAGAAAUACCAUAUUGGUUGUGAAAAAGGAGGUGCUAAUCUCAUUAAAGAGUUGAUAGAUGAUUUCAUCUUUCCAGCAUCCAAUGUUUAUCUACAGUACAUGAGAAAUGGAGAAUUGCCUGCUGAGCAGGCCAUACCAGUCUGUAGUUCACCAGCUACUAUUAAUGCUGGCUUUGAGCUGCUAGUUGCACUAGCAGUUGGAUGUGUCCGAAAUCUGAAACAGAUAGUAGACACCUUGACUGAAAUGUAUUACAUAGCUUGUGAAGCUCUUACAGAAUGGGAAUAUUUGCCACCUGUUGGGCCUCGACCACCAAAGGGAUUUGUGGGACUAAAAAAUGCUGGUGCCACUUGUUACAUGAAUUCUGUAAUUCAGCAGCUGUACAUGAUUCCAGCCAUCAGGAAUGGGAUUCUUGCAAUUGAAGGCACAGGCAGUGAUGUAGAUGAUGACAUGUCUGGGGAUGAAAAGCAGGACAAUGAGAACAAUGUUGACCCACGAGAUGAUGUGUUUGGUUAUCCACAUCAGUAUGAAGACAAACCAGCACUGAGUAAAACAGAAGAUAGAAAAGAGUACAAUAUUGGAGUUCUGCGGCAUCUCCAAGUGAUCUUUGGUCAUUUAGCAGCUUCCAGGCUACAGUACUAUGUACCAAGGGGGUUUUGGAAACAAUUUAGACUUUGGGGUGAACCUGUAAAUCUUCGUGAGCAACAUGAUGCUUUAGAAUUUUUUAAUUCCUUGGUGGACAGUUUAGAUGAAGCUUUAAAAGCUCUGGGCCAUCCAGCAAUGUUAAGUAAAGUUUUAGGAGGGUCCUUUGCUGAUCAGAAGAUUUGUCAAGGAUGCCCACAUCGGUACGAAUGCGAGGAAUCCUUCACAACUCUGAAUGUAGAUAUAAGAAAUCACCAAAACCUUCUUGAUUCUUUGGAACAGUAUGUCAAAGGAGAUUUAUUGGAAGGUGCAAAUGCAUAUCAUUGUGAAAAAUGCAACAAAAAGGUUGAUACAGUGAAACGCUUAUUGAUUAAGAAGUUGCCUCCAGUUCUUGCAAUCCAGUUGAAGCGAUUUGAUUAUGACUGGGAAAGGGAAUGUGCAAUCAAGUUCAAUGAUUAUUUUGAAUUUCCACGAGAGCUGGACAUGGAGCCUUACACAGUGGCAGGUGUAGCUAAAUUGGAAGGAGAUGAUGUAAAUCCUGAAAAUCAGAUAAUACAAAAUGAACAGUCUGAAAAUGAACACUCUGGGAGCACAAAAUACAGGCUUGUUGGAGUACUUGUACACAGCGGCCAGGCCAGUGGUGGACAUUAUUACUCUUACAUUAUCCAGAGGAAUGGUGGAGAUGGUGAGAAAAAUCGGUGGUAUAAAUUUGAUGAUGGAGAUGUGACAGAGUGUAAAAUGGAUGAUGAUGAAGAAAUGAAAAAUCAGUGUUUUGGUGGAGAAUACAUGGGAGAAGUAUUUGAUCACAUGAUGAAGCGUAUGUCCUACAGACGCCAGAAGAGGUGGUGGAAUGCUUAUAUUCUUUUUUACGAACGUAUGGACACAAUAGACAAAGACAAUGAACUAAUAAAAUAUAUUUCAGAACUUGCUAUCACCACUAAACCCCAUCAGAUUAAAAUGCCAUCAGCCAUUGAACGAAGUGUACGGAAGCAGAAUGUGCAGUUCAUGCAUAAUCGUAUGCAGUACAGCUUAGAAUAUUUCCAGUUCAUAAAGAAGUUGCUUACCUGUAAUAGUGUCUACUUAAAUCCUCCUCCAGGACAAGAUCAUCUGUUGCCUGAAGCAGAAGAAAUAACUAUGAUUAGCAUUCAGCUUGCUGCUAGAUUUCUCUUCACCACAGGAUUUCAUACAAAGAAAAUAGUCCGUGGCCCUGCUAGUGAUUGGUAUGAUGCAUUAUGCAUCCUUCUUCGUCACAGCAAGAAUGUACGCUUUUGGUUUGCACACAACGUCCUUUUUAAUGUUUCAAACCGCUUCUCUGAGUAUCUUUUGGAAUGCCCUAGUGCAGAAGUGAGGGGUGCAUUUGCAAAACUUAUAGUAUUUAUUGCACAUUUUUCACUGCAAGAUGGACCAUGUCCUUCACCCUUUGCCUCUCCUGGACCUUCCAGUCAGGCUUACGAUAACUUGAGUUUAAGUGAUCACUUACUGAGAGCGGUACUCAAUCUCCUAAGAAGGGAAGUAUCUGAACAUGGGCGCCACUUGCAGCAGUAUUUCAAUCUGUUUGUGAUGUAUGCCAAUCUAGGCGUAGCAGAGAAGACGCAACUUCUGAAACUAAAUGUUCCUGCAACGUUCAUGCUUGUGGCUCUUGAUGAAGGUCCAGGCCCUCCAAUUAAAUACCAGUAUGCUGAACUGGGGAAGCUAUACACUGUUGUGUCACAGCUGAUCCGUUGCUGCAAUGUAUCAUCACGGAUGCAGUCUUCUAUCAAUGGUAAUCCCCCACUUGCCAACCCUUACGGUGAUCCUAACUUAUCUCAACCUAUAAUGGCACUUCAGCAGAACGUAGCAGACAUUUUGUUUGUGAGGACUAGUUAUGUGAAGAAAAUUAUAGAAGAUUGCAGCAACUCUGAAGAGACCAUCAAAUUGCUUCGUUUCUGCUGUUGGGAGAAUCCUCAGUUCUCUUCCACUGUCCUCAGUGAACUUCUUUGGCAGGUUGCAUAUUCAUACACAUACGAGCUUCGACCUUAUUUGGAUCUGCUUCUUCAAAUCCUAUUAAUUGAGGAUUCUUGGCAAACUCACAGGAUUCACAAUGCACUUAAGGGAAUCCCGGAUGACAGGGAUGGACUAUUUGACACCAUUCAGCGCUCUAAGAAUCAUUAUCAGAAAAGAGCUUACCAGUGUAUAAAGUGCAUGGUAGCUCUCUUCAGCAACUGUCCUGUAGCCUACCAGAUCCUUCAGAGCAAUGGAGAUUUGAAGAGAAAAUGGACCUGGGCAGUAGAAUGGCUUGGAGAUGAACUCGAGCGUAGACCAUACACUGGCAAUCCCCAGUACACCUAUAAUAAUUGGUCUCCACCAAUACAAAGCAAUGAAACAUCAAAUGGCUACUUUUUAGAGAGAUCACACAGUGCUAGAAUGACUCUUGCAAAAGCUUGUGAACUCUGCCCAGAGGAGGAACCAGAUGAUCCUGAUGCCCCAGAUGAACAUGAGUCUUCUCCACCUGAAGAUGCCCCACUGUAUCCCCAUUCACCUGGUUCCCAGUAUCAACAGAAUAACCACGUGCAUGGACAGCCAUAUACAGGCCCAGCAGCACAUCAUAUGAACAACCCUCAGCGAACUGGCCAACGAGCACAAGAAAAUUAUGAAGGCAGUGAAGAAGUUUCCCCGCCUCAGACAAAAGAUUAGUAAAAUGCACAUAAUCAAUUAACUUGCUCCAUCAAGACUGUGCACCCAGGCCUUACAGUCCAACCUUUCUCUGUGUCUGGCUAAUAUUUAAAACUAGAAAAACUAUUCCUAAUCAACAUGGAGUGGAGAGUCUAUUCACUGUCUUAUCUGCAGAAAAUUGCUGUCAAUAUAUAACCCGCCUGCAGUGGAAAGUGUAUAGUGUUUUGUAAUAAAUGGCCUGAUGCUAAUGUGUAAAUGGCAAAGGUGUAUAUAGUAUAUUAAUGUUUGACUGUUAAUUCUUGAGCAAGAAACAUUUUUUUUGUCUUGAUGAGACUCACAGAUCUACAAAAACAAAAAAAUAAUUUCUUGAUAUAUCUUCUGCGCUCUGCAACCAGUGUUGCCUGCCUCUUGGCAGUCGGAUCAACUCCUUUAUGAAAAAGCCUGUCCAUGUCAACCACGAAAAUAGUUUCAUGUUAAUUCUUUGCCACUGGAGUCGAUUUUACUAUGAGCAACGUAAUGGCUGGUAACCUUUUAAUUAUUUGGUUGAUGUGGAGAAUUUGGUGAUGUAACAUUGUUUCUAGAUCUUUUUUCAUUGCCUUUUUCAUUCUGGUAUUAGGUUAAUCACUUUGAAGCUAUAGUUAUGCUGUAACAUUUAGCAUGGCUUCACACCAAGUUAGUGUAGCCAACGAGGGGGGAAAAAAAGUGACAGCAGUUGUCCCAAUGUGACAACUGUAUUGCUCAGAACUUUUUCUUCUUACACCUAGACUAUAAAAUGGGGAGGGAAAAUGUGACAAACAAGUGGUUUUCAGUUUCACAUAUGUUCCUCACAUCUUUGACAGUUCUGUCUCUGGGUGGGAUAAAGAACACUUAGUUUUCAGUAAUAGGAAUUUAAAAGAUUUAAAACAAAUAUGCAAAAAUUUGCUAUGGCAGGAUGCCUGGAGCAUAAUAGACUGUAUUUGGUGUGCUUGUUUUGUUUCUUUGGUAGAGCUUAUUAGAUAAACUUCUAACACUUUCCUUCUACUGCAUCCCAGUGAAGCGGAAGUCAACGAAAUCACACAGUACUUGUGAGUGCCACUGCACUAAGUUAACUUGCUGGUUUUCUGCUCGUUCACAGUUCUACUUGAAAGUGAGAAUUGUCUUAGCUCUUUAUCCAUUAUACAGGAAAUCUUAACAUUAGGAGCAGGGUUUAAUUAUAAAAAAAGAAACUACUGGUUAGUCAAAUACAAUUCUGAGGUAUCUCUAUUCCAGAAUAAACAUUUGUUUAAAUACUUCAAGAAACGCAUCAGUAAAUACUGUAUUUAAAUGAAAAUUGGUAACUUGAAUGUGUGUAAUUUUUUGGAACCUGUCUAAAAACCAAAUACCCCUGCAAAACAGAUACAGCCCACCCUAUACUAUUUAAAUAUUUUGCUGUUUUAUUUUAUAGAAAUUAUUUUGCUGAAUUCACAAAUAGAAUUUGAUUUAAGAAGAAUGUUUUGUCCUGUGGUGUGUGUUGUUUUUUGGUUUUGUUUUUUUGGUUUUGGUUUUUUUUUUUUUUUAAUGGACUGCACAGAAAGGUGAAUUCUGUGCAGUGGCACUAUGCUGAAUUCUGGAGCAACAGUCACAUUGAGAUUCUGUGCACCCACAAAAAAAAUUUGGCCCUUAAGAAUAAAAUCACUAGGACGAUUACACUGUAAAAGUUUCUUAAUGUGAUUUAUCUUGUACUUUUUGUAUGUUUUUAUAUAUACAUAUAUAUUUAAUGAGCACAAGCUUGAUGGUGUUUUUUACAAAUGAGUUGAUAGAAACAAAGCUGCUUAUCAAAUUAAAAGUCUGUAGUUUUGAAAUGAACAAAGGAAAAUUCGGUUGCAAGUGCAUUCUUACACAUUUAGCAUAAUAAGGAAGAGAGACAGAAGAUUUUUUAAUAUGAUGUGUAGCAAUGAUCACUUAUGCUUCCGUGUUUUCCCUAGUGCUCAAGUUAAUUCAGAUUUUUUUAUAGUUUUUUAGUAAUACCAUUUUCCUGGGACUUAGUAAACUUGGAUCAAGUGCUCCCAUUUAUGUUUGGGAGUGCUUGUUGGAGGUUUUAAUUCAAAAAUUCUACCCUGAGUACUCAAGUUGAAGUUCAUAUUUAUUUGGACCAGUAAUUCUUGAAAAAGCGAUCUCAGAGGUGAUUAUUAUGUAUUUUCUACUACAUAGCUAAAAUACAAUAUACUAGUUCAGCCUUGCAAAUGUGUUUGCUUUUAAUAGUGCAAUGAUUGUAGAAACAUGUCAGAUCUGUGACACUUAAAGCUGUGACUCUCUUCAGUCAUACACACCUCUGUCCCUGAAUUGGGAGUGACUGCAGUGGCACUUGUUUUUCAGGCAGCAAAUUAAAAAUAUUGUGCAUCUUUUUGACUUUGAAGAAG